CGCCAAUGGUGAUGGCUUGCUUUGUUUGACAUUUCUGUUAUUUAAGGUUAGAAAAGUUUACACCGAUCGUAGUUAAUACAUCAAUUCUUUUAUUAAACAUGCUUCAAGUGUAAAUCAUAGAUUAACACUACCAUUAACGAUCAAGUUUUGAAGUGUUCAAUAAACAAGUAAAAUGAUUUUUUUCAAACCGUCUUGGGUAACUCACGAAGGGAGUAAACCAAUUUUCUCAGUGGAUAUCCACCCCAAAGGCGGACGCUUUGCCACCGGAGGCCAAGGUGGUUCCGGCGGCCGCAUAGUAAUCUGGAAUAUUGCUCCCGUUUUGUCCGAAAAUGACGAAAGUAGCCUGAAAAUUCCGAAAAUGUUGUGCCAGAUGGACAAUCACUUGGCGUGUGUAAAUGUGGUGAGGUGGAGCAGUGAGGGUCAUUUAUUGGCCUCAGGGGGUGAUGAUAAACUUGUCAUGAUUUGGAGGCUUACAAACGAGGGUAGUUCAUCGAUUUUUGGUAGUGGUAAAGUCAAUGUGGAGACUUGGAAGUGUGUUCACACUCUCAAUUCACACAAUGGGGAUGUUUUGGAUCUGGCUUGGGCCCCACACGAUGGUUGGUUGGCAUCUGGAAGUGUGGAUAAUACCGUAAUAAUCUGGAAUGCUCAUAAGUUUCCAGAAAAGGUUGCUGUUUUGAAAGGACACACCGGCAUGGUCAAGGGUGUUACUUGGGAUCCCGUGGGCAAAUAUAUAGCUAGUCAGUCCGAUGAUAAAUCAUUGAGAAUUUGGAGAACUUGCGAUUGGGUUCAGCAGGAGGUGGUUAAAGACCCUUUUGUUGAUUGUUCAGCAACCACACAUGUUUUAAGACUAUCAUGGUCACCUGAUGGGCAAUACCUUGUCUCUUCACAUGCCAUGAAUGGAGGAGGACCUACUGCUCAAAUUAUUGAACGAGAAGGUUGGAGACAAGAUAAGGAUUUUGUUGGUCACCGAAAAGCAGUCACAUGUGUUAGAUUCAAUUCAAACAUUUUAAAAAAGAUCUCUGCUGGCAGUCCCAAGAGUCAGCAAUACUGUUGCUGUGCAAUUGGUUCAAGGGACAGGUCUAUCAGUGUAUGGUUGACGUCUCUGAAACGACCAUUAGUGGUAAUCAAAGAUCUGUUUGACGACAGUGUAUUAGACAUUUCGUGGAGUAGCAAUGGUUUAUAUCUAUUCGCAUGUUCUUGGGACGGAAGCGUAGCUUGCGUUAUAUUCGACCAGCGAGAAAUCGGAAUCCCGUUAUCAAUUAAAGAAAAAAAUGAUCUCUAUGAACGUAUUUAUCAUAAAUCUCUGCAAAAAAGUUGGAAUUUAAGCUUUAGUGGGACUCAAAUCGUGGAAAAUCCCGAACUUUUAACUGCCAUUGACAAAAUUAACGAAAGUAGUAAUAACAGUGUUAAUCUUGAGUUACCCAAACCGGCGUCGAGAGAUGUUUCGUUUGAGUCACCAAAACCAAACACCACGAUUUUAGUACCUGCUAAUAAGCAAGUGGAAACGAGACUUCCUUCCGGAAAAAGACGUAUAACUCCCAUGUUGUUGACCACCGUUCAAACAACCACCGUGGAAGCAACAAACAGUCCUCCAAAGACAAAUCUAGAAGUGCCGACAAAAGAAAGCACAUCUUUUAGUAGUUCUUCGCCAACAAAGAGUAAAAUUGUUGUUGAGACUGUAGUAGAUCAAGUCAAACACCCCACUUUUGGUGGCUCAUCAAUGAAAAGUUCGAUCUUGAAUGAUGCAAAUAAAUUGAUAAGUGCGCCUCCAGGAACCCAAAUUAAUCAGUUAACUUGUUGCGAAGUGCCGGGAGAUCAGCCUAUAGUCCAGUUUAUUAAUGUUUUAGAUCCACUGAAACUGCCUUCAGGUACAUCAGUCACCAAACAGUGCGGGACCUUAAAAAUACAGAUAACCAAUAACUGCCACAAAACUUCGAAAGGAUCUUUAUCGAGUAUUGAAGCGUAUAAAAAUAUCGAUGAUAAAGAACCAAACUGGGAUACGUACAUUGGUUCCACCAUUAGGUGUUUAGCAGCAAACAGAAAAUUUAUCGUGGCAUGUUGUGAAGACCUUAGUAUUAAUUGUUACGAGAUCAAGUCAGGAGCACGUCCAUUACCUCCAAUAAUUAUCGAAGAUGUCGUUUCUUCAAUUAGUUUAUCACAAGAUAGCCACUGUUUAGUAUUGACAAAGACUGGUCUUUUGUACAUGUGGAAUUUCGAGCUUUGUAAGAGCAUUUUAAGUAGGAUAUCAAUCAGAAGUUUGCUCAACAAUAAAGGUGUAGUUAGUAGCUGCGGUUUGACUUCUUCCAAUUUACCAGUAAUUACUCUGACAGAUGGACGGGCGUAUUCCUACGCUAGUGAUCUCCAAACAUGGGUACAGUUAUCGAAUCCUCUUGAUCCACUAAGUCGAGUGGGUGGAAGUCUCACAAGGAGAGUGUCUCCAACUUUACCACUGGCCUCAUUACAACGAGUGAUGCCCUUUCAUGGUCCUCACGAUACUCUACCUUCGGGUGUUACGUUGAGUUUCUUAGAGAAUCAGAUAACUGCGAGUUCUAUUAUUAGUUCGCAUGAUGAAUACAGGCAUUGGUUGAUUGCCACCGUCAAUUAUUUACUUGAUAAAGGACCUGAGUGUCGGUUGAGAGUAAUUUUGGAUGAGUUAUUGGGGCCCACAUACUCGUCAACAGCGGCGAAAAAAUCGAAAAACAGCGACAAGAUUUUGGGGAAACCAAGUCACGCGUUUCUGCAAGAAAUUUUGGAAAUAAUCAAGACAAAAUUGCCAUGGCAGCGGCUGUAUAAGGAAUACAGAGAGCAGUUAGAUGAAAUUCUUCACACAAUGUAAUAACAUUUUUUUUACAUUUUAUAAAAUAAAAUAUGCCAUAACUACUUG